AAGACAGACGUAGGCGUUAAGACCGACGUGCCUGCCAGAUAACAAUAGUGAAGACGUGUUCCUCACUCACACACACUGAGUUUGGCCACCAAAAGUUAUCUCAGCAUCCACCAAGAUGGGAAUCCGAAAAAAGAACAGUAAGAACCCACCGGUGCUCAGCCAUGAGUUUGUGAUCCAGAACCAUGCGGAUAUUGUGUCUUGUGUCGCUAUGGUUUUCCUGCUGGGUCUAAUGUUCGAGAUUACAUCAAAAGUAGCGGUUUUGUUUAUAACUGUGCAGUACAAUGUCACCAUUCCAGCAAAUGGGGGUUCAGAGGAAGCGGCUGUAAAUUACUUCCACUAUGGUCUAAAAGAUGUGGCCACUGUCUUUUUCUACAUGUUGGUGGCCAUCAUCAUGCAUGCCAUUAUUCAGGAAUAUGUGCUAGAUAAAAUCAACAGAAAGAUGCACUUCUCCAAAACCAAGCACAGCAAGUUCAAUGAGUCUGGCCAGCUGAGUGCCUUCUACCUCUUCUCCUGCUUGUGGGGAGCUAGUACUCUUGUCUCUGAGAACCUCCUGUCCAACCCAGUCAGUCUGUGGGAGAGCUACCCGCACAUACUUAUGCCGUUCCAGAUGAAGUUCUACUACAUCUGUCAGCUUGGCUAUUGGCUCCAUGCUAUCCCAGAGCUCUACUUCCAGAAGGCCAAGAAAGAGGAUAUUCCUCGUCAGCUUGUUUAUAUAAGCCUUUACCUGGUCCACAUUGCAGGAGCCUACAUUCUAAAUCUGAACCGGUUGGGCCUGGUGUUGCUGGUUCUGCAUUACUUUGUUGAACUCAUUUUCCAUUUAUCCCGCCUGGUUUACUUCAGUAAUGAGGACAGGCAAACUGGGUUUACAGUGUGGGCUGUUUUGUUUGUGCUGGGCCGGUUGUUGACUCUUUCCCUGUCUGUUCUUACUGUGGGCUUUGGGCUCGCCGGAGCAGAGAAACAGGGUCUGAACUUUGCAGAGGGAUGCUUCAAUGUGCUGUUUGUUCGGGUGACUGUCCUGGCUGCAAUCUGUACCACUCAGGCUUUCAUGAUGUGGAAAUUUAUCAACUUCCAGCUGCGACGGUGGAGAGAACAUGCACAGACUCAUGGCUUAAAGAAGAAAUCAAGUUCUUCCAAGAGCAAAUCAAAGAAAGCUAAUGGUGUGAAUGGAUCUGCCAGUGGAGCAGAUUCCCCCAGAGCAAGGAAGGAGAAGUCAUCAUAAACUAUCCCCAUUUCCAGCUUCUAUACUGGCUGAAAACAGCCUGAUCAUUCCCUUCUCUCCUGUCCAGUCCACAGUUGGUCUUUUGCCCCUUUUUCCGUUCCCCGCUUGUUCACCUCAAAAUAACCUUGUAAUAUGACAACGUCCUCAUUCUGUAGGAUGUCGAGUGCUGUGUUGCAUGAAUCCAUCCAAUUGUCAUGUCUAAUUGCAAGAAGGGCUUAAGGAAUAGUGGAUUUGGGUUAUUUUGGAGGGGGCACCCCCCCCCAACAUUCUUUUCCUGAGGCUCCAAAAGCCAUUUGCUGUAUUUGCUUGAAGCUGCAAUCCAACAUCUGUAAAUCCAAACCAUGAUUCAGCCAUGUCUUCAAAGAAAAUAUGAAAGCUGUGGGACAAAGUUACUUUUUUACAAGUGCCUAACCAUACGUAAUUUUGAAAACAGAGUGGAAUAAUCCAGUAUUUUAACUGAAGUUUGAAUUCAGGGUUAUAUUUAAUGUUCUCUUAGAGUGCUUCUCUUUAAAGUCUUGCAUGAUUUUGUGUUUUUUUUUUUUUUUUGUUUUGUUGUUGUUUUUUUAUCCUGUGCAUUUGGAAAGGUCUCUGCUUCAUUUGUGUUGUGGUAUAAAAGUUUUGUUUUUCUUACAAGAGCAUAUAUAAUUCAUUUAAUAUCUUUUUUUUUUUUUAUCAGAACGUUAAUUUCAUUAUUUGCACUUUCUAAUUGGUCAAGCCAAGCAAAUAGUUUAAUAUUCCACAAUAAAUAAUUAUUUAGCAAAGAAACAAAUGUGAUAAAGAACAAAAGCAUUGUGCUUUGGGUGAGGCAAUCGAUUCUGCCUUUUAAUCCUGGACUUUGCACUUCAGGCUAGAUAACAACCUGUUAAAAAUGACAAACCAUUAUGAAACUAGGGUAUGAAUGUUAGAAAAGUUAUCAGACAGUACUUCAGCUCAAUGUUCCUACCAGAACAUUUUGAAGAAAGAACGAAAAAAAAAAAAAAACAUAAAAAGGAAAUUCAGCAAAGAAAUAAGCCGUGUUAUGUCAUGUUUAUUUUACUUAAGGUACAAUCUAUUAGAAGAAAAAAAGCAGUGAAUGCAUUGUUUAUUACUGUUAUGUUUACAACAACUUGAUCCCCUUUGCAGUGCAUUGGUUGUGAGUCAAAUGUGCCCUGCCAUUUCUGCAUGCGUUUUGCCAUACACAAUUACUAUUAUUUAUUUAAUGAAUUCGAUUUAAUGAAACGUAAUCUUCAUCAAAAGGAAGAAAUAUCAAUAGGUAAAGUGCGUAGCAUUUUCUUCAAUGUUCUCCUUGCGAUACCGAUACUGACCAUGUGACAGCGCUGUUUACCAGGAUUUUCAUUCAGCUGAAAAGACGGCGAUAUUUAGCGGUUUCGCUAAUCUGCGUGUACGUUUGAAGUGUUCUCAGCCAAAGUGUUGCUUUUCAACUUAAAAACUAUAUGCAAAAUCAAUAUUUUCUUAAACUUUUUGUAGUGCUUUUCUUUUGGGAUUUCUCAUUGAGAAGACGACCCCGUGGUGUUUCAACAUUUCUGGCAAGAGUGUGUCAAUCUGAAAGGAAAAGUAGAGUGAACAGCAGAAUAUAUUGCACAAGUCACUGUUUGCAGAUUUUGCUUUGAGAGAAGUUACAUUCUGUGUUAACCUUUGAUUAGCACCACUUGCAACUGAAAGAUUAGUCUCAAUUUAUCAAUUCCGAAUCACAUACCUUCCUUUCUGGCUCAAGUUCAUAUGGAAGUAUUGUACAGGAAAAAAAUAAAAACAUUUCGCCGUGUGGAUUUUGAUCGGAGACUUGACACCCUUGUACUUUAUUGCUGCUGAUUGAGAGACGUGAAGAAUGCCCAAAGAUUUCCACUGCUC